CGCUAGCUGGACUGGUUGCCUCUUUUGGUAAUGGUGUUUUUCUUUACACUUUUAAUAGUUGACGACGCCUUCCGCUUUUUUGCGCUAUCUCCAGUACUCGGCAGCACUUUGAAAAAGCUGUCGAGUCGCUUUUGCAAUUGCGUGCUUUUAGAUUUCUUCAAUCGCAUAAUGGCCGAGAGCACUCGAUCUUCUUGAAAGCCAUGCUUCUUGACAAGAAAGUCAUCUUCAUCGAUUACGUGAAAUGGGCGCCACACGAACACCGUAUAUGUUUUCACGCUCAAGUCUCCAAAGAUGCAGUCGCCGCAUUCUGCGACGCGUUGCAAAAUGGUCACGACAACAACAUCGCUAUGCAGCUGAUUCUGAGAUGGAUCAUUAUUUAUGCCUUCUCCCAGACAUGGCCGAUUUGUUUUUCUCAAUGCUCAACGCCUUCCUCUUCUCGAUGCUCAGCGCCUUCGGCUUCUCAAUACUAGCCGCAUUCCUCCUCUCGAUACUCCGCGUCCACUUCCUCUCCACACUUCUUGGUUUCGGCUUCUUCACACUUGGUACUCGUCGCUUUUCAUUUCGUAUUUCUCGAGUCCGUCCGAGACGCGACGCGAAAUCGACUUUUCUAGCGAAUUUCGAUGCCAAUGGGACAUCCUCUGACGACGCCGUUGAUUUCCAUCUCAUGGGAGGUCGAACAGCUGCUUUGAGUUGCUCUCCUUUGUUUUUUCUUUUCGUUGGGCUUUUAGCAGGACUAACGGAUCGUGUUUCAUUUUUCGGACUCGACGGUAACGACGGCGGCAAGAUUUUCUUCCUGAUUGGCGAUUUGUUCUGUUUUGUUGGGCGAUUGCAGUAAAAUAGAGCUGGGGGACAGUCAAAUUCAAGCUAUACACUCGGUGAAUAAAUCAAGCGUUACUUAAACCACGAAGUAUUCACUUUUGCAUUUAACGGCGGAGGACUGUUCUCGACAUCGUCAACAGUUGGCUCUGGGUCCGAUAUCCGCUCUGGGU